UUUGCAAGCGCUUUUUAUCAGUUUCGCGUUUGCACUAUCUCAAACGUUCAGCUUAUUAUUUAACAAACAAAUAGAGCUGUAAUAACUUCAAACCCCCCGUCCUCUAAAUAGUUUACUAGUUGGCAGUGGCGCUGUACGGUGCAAUUUUAAUCCAGCAAAUUUUAUUUUCGUGUUCAAACGGCAGUUUGUUUUUUUUUUGGUUAAAACGGCGGAUUGCUUUUUACGCACACAAUGACGGAUUCCGUGAAGGGUAAAAUAAGAACCGUUGCGGUCAAGGACUUUGUAACAUACGACGUUGCAAUCUUCUAUCCGGAUGAACACUUGAACAUCAUUAUCGGUCCCAACGGAACGGGCAAAUCCACGAUCGUGGCAGCAGUUGUACUAGGAAUGGGCGGUCACUGUAAACUGCUUUCGCGAUCCGGAAGUAUUGAGGAUUAUAUCAAGAAUGGAAAGGAAAUGGCGAAAAUUGAGGUGGGUCUCUACAAGAACUCCAAACGAGACACUAUCAUGUUCAAUCGGACGUUCAACCGGAACGGGAUGGAUCGAUACGAAAUCGAUGGUACCAAAGUGACCCACAAGGAAUACCUCAAACGGAUCAAAGAUCUGAACAUUCAGAUUGAUAAUCUGUGUCAGUUCCUGCCACAGGACCGGGUGCAGGAUUUUACCAAGAUGAAUUCCAGGGAACUGUUACUGAACACGCAGGCUUCGGUUUGCCGUCCGGAGAUGAUGGGACUAAUGGAUCAGCUUAUGGAAAAGCGAAGACAGCAGAAGGCGGUGACCAAGUCGAGUUCGGACAAUUUGACCAAACUGAAGGAAGCGGAGGCGAAAAACGAAGAAUUACGCGUUCAAAUCGAGAACAUGAAGAUCCGGAAGCAGUACGAGAAGGAGGUUGAGAUCUGCAACGCUCGGAAGGCGUGGCUGGAGUACGAGCAGAUUUAUCUAGAUUUCAAUUCCACGAAGGAUGAUUUACAGUUGGCGAAAACGAACAUGGACGAAAAGCAGAAGCGUGUAGAUCCGCUCAAAUCCAAGGCAGUCAAGCUGAACAAGAGCAAAAACGAACUGAACGAGAAAAUCAAAACCGAACAGGCGGAUAUCCAAAAGCAGACCGGCCAGCUUCGCCAGCUGGAAACUAAAACCGAAGAUUUGGAGGAUUCCAUCAACAAGCAGAAGCGUGAUCUUCAGGAUGCCAUCUCGCAGGCCGCCGAUCGGGAGGCGCAGCUCGAGCAAGCCAAGCGGACUCUUACGAUAAUGGUUGAAGAUUGCAGGAAUGCCUUCCAGGAACUCGGGCCCGAAGCGGUACAGAACCAGAAAAAGCAAGACCUGACUGUCAAAAUCAACAAGGUUAAGCAGGAAUGCGACCUACUAAUGGGCAGGCGGAACGAGUUGAAUCAGAAGAUCGAAAGCGACCUGAAACCGGAGAUGGUGAGCGUUCAACGUCGAAUCGAAGCGCUGGAAAAUGUUGCACAGGUGAAGCUGCGGUUGUUGCAAUCGCAGUUUGAAAGCGCCUACCAAGCGACACUUUGGCUGCGGGACAAUCAGCAUCUAUUCCGGGCAAAGAUCUAUGAACCGAUGAUCUUGGAACUGAACGUUUCCAACAGUGACAAUGCUAAGUACCUGGAGAAUACCAUCGCCAAGCGGGAUCUGAUUGCAUUCACCUGCGAGGAUAAGGACGACAUGAAGCUUUUCCUGCAGAAGGUUCGUCAAGAAAUGAAGCUGGAAGGGGUGAAUGUGGUGCAUUCCGAACCGGCCGAUCAACUGCUGUACCGGUCGAAAGUUCCGAUUCAAAACUUGGAGCGCUACGGUUUCCGCUCUUACCUAAUCGACAUGGUGGAAGCACCCUUCCCCAUCCUUAACUUCCUCUGCAAAUCAUACCGGCUGCACAACGUACCCAUAGGCGAAAACGAUUCCGCCAAGUACGCCUCGCAAAUGCCGGACGAAAUAAGCCUAUUCUUUACCCCGACGCAACGAUUCUCGAUCAGCAAGUCGCGCUAUACCGGCGAGAAGAGUUCCCGUUGCGAUGAAAUCCACUCGCACAAUCUGCUGAACAAAAACGUCGAUCCGGAACUGCUGGAGGAACGCAAGCGUGCCCUCCAGAGAUUGGUUAAAGAAUGUGACAAGAUUCGCAAUCAUCGCAAUCAGAUCGAAAGCCAGAUCACCUCGGUCCAGGAGGAAUGUACGGAACUCACCACGCAGCGCAGAGAGGUGGAGGACAAGUUCACGCGUUAUCAGAAUAGCAAGCAUAAAACCAAACGACAGGAACAGAAAUGUCAUGACUUGCAGAACCGGCUGGUGGAUGUUAGUGCGGAGAAGGCUAAGUUCAAGGAGUUUUGUGCAAAAACCAUCGAGGAUCUGCUGAAGAUGCAGCAUAAGAAAGCAGAAGUGCUUGGUUUGUAUGUAGCGGCUACGGUUAAAUACGAAGCGUACAAGCAAAAGUUGUCGAUUUUCUUGACCAAGAAUGCUGAUCUGGAGGGGGAGAUCCGGUCGGCCGAGGAUGCAUUGGAUUCGGCAAAGCGAAGCCAUGAAUCCGUUAUGCGUAAGUUCGAGGACAUCAAGGAUCGUUUGAAACGAAAGCAGACCUUUGCGAAGAGUCUAACUAAUAACAUUACACCGACGAAUGACAAAUUCCCCUACAAGCGGGAGUUCCAGAAGUUGCCCGGAAUUUUGGACGAUCUGGUCAAUCACAUGGAGGAAAUUCAGGCCCGCAUCGAUUGUAUGUCCGGCGAUAAUGGAAACAUUUUGCAGGAGUAUGAGGCGAGAUGUCGUCAGAUCGAGACGCUGCGAGAGGCUAUUGGUGACUCAACGAAAAACACCGAUGCACUGGAGAUGGAACUGCAGCAGCUUCAUGACGAGUGGUAUCCAGAGAUCAGUCGGGUGGUAGACAUCAUCAAUGGUAACUUUUCUCGCUUCAUGAGCAGUAUGGGAUUCGCUGGGGAGGUAGAGAUCAUCAAAAAUGGUGAACGUGACUACGACGAGUACGGUAUUCAGAUUCGUGUCAAGUAUCGCAAUACGGAAAAACUGCAGGCCCUAGAUCGACACGUGCAAUCGGGUGGGGAACGCGCAGUGGCCAUCGCCACCUAUACCUUGUCGCUGCAGCACAUCUCGCAUGUACCGUUCCGUUGCGUGGACGAAAUCAACCAAGGUAUGGAUCCGCGCAACGAACGUAAGGUGUUCGAGAUGCUGGUUGAUGAAACCUGUCGUCCCGGUCAGUCGCAGUACUUUUUCGUGACACCGAAGCUUUUACCGAAUCUGAAGUACAAUGAUCUGAUGAGCGUGUUCAUUGUCCACAACGGUAAAUUCAUUUCGGACUCGCACGUCUUCAUUAAUGACCGUUUGCGAGCGGACGGCUAAUCAACCAAAUGUCCUCUAUGACGAUCAUCUCUUGAUUAGGUUAUGGAAUUCCCAUUGUCUUCUUAGUUAGAGCCGUACAUAUCUGCUUGUUAAUUCCAUGUUAUCUUUUUUUUUAUUGAUUUCCUAUUUUCACCCCGAUCGAGGAGUGAACCUUUGUAUUUUAACCCAUUGACAUAUACCUAUUAUAUAUCUAGUUCGAAUUUAAUGAAAAUCUGAAUCCUCA